CGCGGAGGAGGAGUGACGUCAGACUGAAGCGCUAGUCAACGAUGGCGGCCGUGGUGAGACUCGUCAACAGAAGCGCGCUGGGUUCAGCAAUGGGUCAGCGGUAUGUGGCGUUCAGCUCGGCGGCGAAGGUCAACGCGGCCGGCCUGAGGGCAGGUCGAACACUUCCGGAUAAGGUGAAGAUAGUGGAGGUGGGACCCAGAGAUGGCCUUCAGAAUGAAAAGACUAUCGUGCCAACAGAGACUAAAAUUCAUUUGAUUGACAUGCUGUCAGCGUCGGGGCUGUCGGUCAUCGAGGCCACCAGCUUUGUGUCACCAAAGUGGGUCCCGCAGAUGGCCGACCAGGUGGAGGUGAUGAAGGGGAUCGAUAGGAAACCUGGAGUGUCUUACCCGGUCCUCACACCCAACCUCAAGGGUUUUCAGGCUGCUGUGAAGGCAGGAGCUUCGGAGGUCGCCAUAUUUGGUGCUGCAUCGGAGCUGUUCAGUAAGAAGAACAUAAACUGCUCAGUGGAGGAGAGUUUACAGCGCUUUGACGAGGUUGUGAGAAUGGCGAAAGAGGCCGGUGUGCGAGUUAGAGGUUAUGUGUCGUGUGUUCUCGGAUGUCCGUAUGAAGGCAAUGUGGCACCCGAAAAAGUUGCACAUGUAGCUAAGCGUCUGUACUCCAUGGGCUGCUAUGAGAUCUCUCUGGGUGACACUACCGGAGUGGGGACUCCAGGAAGCAUGAGUGACAUGUUGGAGGCAGUGAGCAGGGAGGUGCCUGUUAACGCCUUGGCUGUGCACUGCCAUGAUACCUACGGCCAGGCCCUGGCUAACAUCCUCGUAGCCUUACAGAUGGGAAUCAGUGUGAUCGACUCUUCAGUAGCCGGGCUGGGCGGCUGUCCCUACGCCAGUGGGGCAUCUGGAAAUGUUGCAACCGAAGAUGUAGUCUAUAUGCUGCAUGGGCUUGGGAUUCAAACGGGAGUGGACCUCUCAAAGCUGAUGGACGCUGGCGCUUUCAUCUGUCGAACCCUCAACAGGAGGACCAGCUCCAAAGUGGCACAGGCUACAUGCAAGCUGUAGACACAGGCUCCUUUGCACAGACUGUACGCUCCAAUACAAUCAUGUAAGCUGGAGCCUUCAUCCUCUGUAGGUUCAGUUCAACCUUAUUCUGAUUUCAGUUUGAUUCACUGCCUCCCAUUAAGGGAAAUACAACUUGGAUGUUACUGAACCCUCCCUUUUUUUAAAUAAAACAUCUGAUUAAAUAAGUGCCUUAUCUAAAGUCGGUCUAAUCACACAGAUGGGACUUAUUGAAAGCCUUCACCUUCAAUAGUGGGCAUACAUUCCUUUCUGGGCAGUUAAGCCAAAAUGAGGCACAGACUUUAGACUAUUAAUUUAUGACGCUGUAAUAAUACUGUCUUAGCGACGGAUAAACUCUGACUCCACUGUAAGAAAAAAAAAAGUGCUGCUUUGACCUCUUCUGAAUGCUGUGGUCACUGUCUCCAAAUGAAUUCUCUAUUUAGGGACCGACUAUGGAGAUUGGUCUGUUAAUUUUGGGCAUUGGGCAUUUAUUUUAAAAUGCCUAUUUUCAGUUGUAAUAUGUACAUAUCCAGCUAGAAUGUAAAUUAAAAAAUAAAUAUUAUUUGAUCAA